GAACAGAUUGCAUAAAACUCGUAUCUUUAUAACAUACAAAUGAAUGGACUUUAGCAAAACAGCUAAUUAUUCGUUAUGGUGAUUAUUUAGUUAAAUAAAGGACAUAGACCGAAAUGGCUAGGGUCAUUCAAGCCGAGAUUGUUAUGAAACUGCUCCUAGGCCUGAUCGACCAUAGCUGUGCUCACCUAUUGAAAUGAACAUCAAAAUCAACUGAUGUAAAACAGGAAAUAUUUAAGAAUAGAAAUAUUGCAGGCUUAUUCUGAAAACACGUACGAAAAGGACAAAUGAAAGAAUGAAGCUUGGAUCAGUGAUAGUCGUCUGCAUUUUAUUUCAUUGCGGCGGGUGUUUCACACAACAGCGGUUUGAUGGGUUCUACAACAACCUGAUAACCCCGGGCCUUGGAAGUGCAGGAAAGCCAUUGAAACAAAACAUCACAACCGCGUACUCGGACUAUACCUACAAACUAUCUGGUCAGAACAGACCGAGCCCAAGGCUUAUCAGUGAACUGCUGUUUAAGAAGGAUGUCAACUUUACAUAUACACCUAACGGACGGAACCUUACGGCCAUGUUUGCCUUCUUUGGUCAACUGGUUGCGCUUGAACUAAUUGAUACGGAUGACACAACAUGCCCGGUCGAACUAUUGACGAUACCUGUUCCGGCAUGCGAUCCCGAGUUUGAUCCAUCGUGCUCCGGGUCAAAGCAUCUGCCGUACGAGAGAAUAGCUUAUGACAAACGGACGGGACAGUCUCCAAAUGUUCCAAGAAAACAGGUUAACAAAGCUACGAGUUAUAUAGAUGGCAGUUUUGUAUAUGGGAAUAGUCUUGUACGCGCUCUACACCUGCAAGCCUUUCGAUCCCCAAAACUCGCAUCUGGAGAUGCAUGGUCUAAAUACCCACAGAAGAAUACAGAGGGUCUUCCGUUUGUAGCCAGCCCAGACCCUAUUGAACACAAAUUCCAUGAUCAGUAUGAAAUGUGGAAACUUGGUGACAAACAUGUGCAAGAGAACCCAGGAAUUCUCUCCCUCGCCGUUCUGUUUUUCCGUUGGCACAAUGCUAUUGUCGACGAACUUGACUCGCGUGCCCACCAUGGAUUUGAUGAAACGUUUGACAAGGCGCGGCAAAUGGUCAUAGCCUCUUUACAGAAUGUGAUUGUAUACGAAUGGGUACCACUUUUGCUGGGGGAGAGCUUGCCUCCAUAUACAGGUUAUAAAUCGGACAUUUACCCUGAUGUGACGGCGCUGUUUGAUGCCGCCGCUAUUCGAUACAUCAUGACCUUACUUCCAGCCGGAAUUAACCAGAGAGAUUCCAAAUGUGCGAGCACUGUUUCCGGCAAAUACAAGGGCGUGCGCAUGUGCAACACAUACUGGAGAUCGCAGGAUGUUCUAAUGGAACGUGAAGACGAGCUUGAGGAGACUCUGAUUGGACUUGUGUCUCAACUAGCAGACGCCGAGGACUUAGCUGUUGUCGAGGACCUCCAAAGUAAAUACUUUGGACCACUUCAUUUCUCUCGUCAUGAUCUCGUGUCUUUGACCAUCAUGCGAGGACGUGACUACGGUCUGCCGGACUACAACACGGUUCGGAAACUGUUGGGGCUACCGAGAAUCAAUCGGUUCAGCGAAAUCAACGUGUGGUUGAACGGAACUAGCCCAGAGGUUAUUGCCCGUCUGGAAGAACUGUACGGCUCAGUUGACGAUAUUGACGUCUUCGUUGGCGGAAUGUUUGAGACCACCCCCGAAGGUCCUGGUGAGCUGUUUAAGACUGUCAUCAGGGACCAGUUCAUACGUAUCCGAGACGGGGAUAGAUUCUGGUUCGAAAAUAAAGACAAUGGCCAAUUUUCGGAUGAAGAGAUUGAAAGAAUCAAAGCCAUACGGUUGUAUGACAUCUUGAAUAACUCGACACGAUACCACUUCAUGGAUGUCCGUCCUAAUGUCUUCCAGUAUAGCGAAACUAAUGAGACUGACUCGUGUCCUCCUAUCUAUAUGCACGAGAGUCAACUGGAACCCUGCUCACCACACAAAGGAUACGAUUAUUUCGCCGGGAGUGAGGCGUCCUACAUCAUUGUCUGGGUGUCAUUUGGUCUCAUACCUUUAGUCUGCCUCUUGUUCGUGUGGGUCCUGUCCAAGUGCAAGACAUAUCGAUACAUGAGGAAUGUCCAAGUAUUGGCCAAGAACUUAAAGGAUAAUAUCGGCGAUCAGCUGGGAGGUGCAUUGUCUCAACAUAGAGGAACAGAAUGGCAAGGUCCGGAGGAGAGCAGGUUGGUCAUCGUGCGGGUCCGUCCCGAGCGUAAGCUGGAGGUCAUCAAUUUAAAAGGAAAGCUGAUCCGCUCCAUUAACUUGGAUCAUCUGAAGCACGUCCAUUGUUUGCUGAGUGAUAACAAGAAACGUAAUGUCGUCAUGAUCCGCAUACCCAAGGAAUAUGACUUUGUCAUCCAAAUGACAAAUGAAAGCCAGCGUCGAGAAUUUAUACAGUCCCUGAAACAGGCCGUUACUGAGCAUGAAGAUGUUGUGGACUGCCAUGAAACAAAGGAGAAACAUAUAUAUAUGCAGGCGUUUACACAGAAGAAACGAAAUCAGCUGCUAGAGAGGUUCUUCAAGAUUGUGUUUUCUGAGGCCUUUCAAAUGGACUACGACCCGACUCUCGACCAGGAAGAAGUUGAAACCAGGCAGACCAGAGAUAUUCUUGAAAUUGAACUCACAAGGGAGGAAUUUGCAACAGCCCUUGCGAUGAAGUCAAACUCGGAGUUCGUGGAGAACAUGUUCUCCCUCAUGGAUUCCGACCAUAACGGAUACAUCUCUUUCAGAGAGUUCCUUAAUGCAGUCGUUAUGCUUUCAAAAGGAUCUGGACAAGACAAACUACAGAUACUGUUCAGAAUGUUUGACCACGAUGGUAACGGAACAUUGGAUCGUGGAGAACUUAUAAAAUUAUUCAGCUCCCUUCUUGAAAUGGCCAACAGCAGUCUUACAAAGAAUGAUGUUGAAAACUUGGUGGAAUCCAUUUGUGUCCAGCAGGGGUUGACCAGCGAAGACUCCAUUAACUUUGAUGACUUCUGCACCAUUCUCUCUCCCCAUAUGGACAAGCUGUGGAAUGCUGGCUUAGAGUGGAAAGGGUGUAAAAAUUAUCUCCCAUCUACUGGAGAUGAAAAACGAAAAAGUUCUGGCAAUCUGCGGCGAUUGUCCGCCGUUAUUACAAAUAUGUUCAACGCUGAGGCCCGUAAAAGGGUAAAUCAAACCAGCGACACGACACACAUGGUGAAAAGCGAGUCCAGCGCCUCGAUUAGUAGCACGGACAGCGCAUUGGCUGAAAACCUUACUCAAAAACGACAGACAUUUAUAGCCAUUCGGGAAACCUACACGCCUUUAAAAGCAAAGAUGAAGCGCCUCAAACACUUUGUUGAAAACAAUAGGCAACAUAUUUUCUACCUUGUAAUAUUCUUUGGCAUCUGUAUCGGACUGUUUGCCGAGCGUUUUUACUAUUACACGGUAGAAAGGGAACACAGUGGACUCCGUGCCCUAAUGAGUUACGGCAUCAGUACCACCAGAGGGGCGGCUGCAGUCAUGUCCUUCUGUUUCUCCUUGCUCCUGCUGACCAUGCUGAGAAACACCAUCACCUUUCUAAGAGAGACCUUCCUGAACCUCUACGCACCAUUUGAUUCAAUUGUUUCCUUCCAUAAGGUUAUUGCAUGGACGGCAUUGUUUUUCACAGCCAUGCAUGUAAUCGGUUACGGAUUCAACUUCUACCAUUUGGCGACACAACCUACUAAGUACCUGUGCAUAUUCGAUACCGUUGUGUUUAGAGCGGACAUACAACCAACAUUUAACUUCUGGUUCUUUGGAAAUCUAACAGGGUUUACCGGACUUCUACUGGUGAUUAUAAUAUGCAUUGUAUACGUGUACGCUACCCAGUUGGUUAGACGUCUAAUUUUCAACGCAUUUUGGCUUUCGCAUAAGCUGAUCGGUGUAAUGUAUGUGUUGACCAUCCUGCACGGCGCGUCCAUGAUUGUCCAGAAGCCCAUGUUCUACGUGUACUUCGUCAUCCCCGCCAUCUUGUUCACCAUCGACAAAAUGAUUAGUCUGAGCAGGAAGAGGAUGGAGAUAUCCAUCGUAAGAGCUGAAAACCUCGCAUCGGACGUCACGUUCAUAGAGUUUAAACGCCCCCCAAGGUUUGAGUAUAAAUCUGGCCAGUGGGUUCGUAUUGCCUGUCUGGCUCAGGGCCCGAACGAGUACCAUCCGUUUACGUUAACGUCAGCCCCGCAUGAAGAUACGUUAUCUCUUUACAUCCGAGCGGUUGGACCUUGGACUCAUGCUUUACGGAAUAUUUUUGAUCAAGAGAACUUAAAACAGCAGCCUUUUCCAAAGCUCUAUUUGGACGGUCCAUACGGUGCUGGGCAGCAAGAUUGGUACACGUAUGACGUGUCUGUGUUAGUAGGGGCAGGAAUUGGCGUCACACCAUAUGCUUCCAUCCUCAAGGACUUUGUGCAUAUGACGUCGAUCAAGAGCACGUACAAAAUACGUUGUCAGAAGCUGUACUUUAUAUGGGUGACGGGCAGUCAGCGUCACUUUGAAUGGCUUCUGGACAUCCUGCAGGAGGUUGAAUCUAUUGACACAAAGGGCAUGGUCUCCAUUGAUAUAUUUAUUACCCAGUUCUUCCAGAACUUCGACCUUAGGACUGCAAUGCUGUAUAUUUGUGAGGAACAUUUUCAAAAGUUGUCCGGUGGGAAGAGCGUGUUUACCAGCCUUAAAGCCAACACCCACUUCGGCCGACCACACCUUUCCAGCAUGUUUAAAACCCUACACAGGGCACACCCGAUGGUGCGUAAGAUCGGUGUGUUUUCCUGUGGUCCCCCCGGUGUUACCAAGAGCGUGGAGAGGGCAUGUGUCGAUAGUAGCAGAACCACCAAGGCGCUGUUUGAACACCAUUUUGAGAACUUCUAAACAUUCAAGGAAAAUGAACUAUAAGUAGCAUUACAGCAAGGCGCUGUUUGAACACCACUUUGAGAACUUCUGAACAUUUCAAGAAAAUGCAUAAUAAAUAGCAGGUCCACCAAGGCGCUGUUUGACACCACUUUGACAACUUUUAAACAUUCCAGGAAAAUGCACUAUAAAUAGCAGAUACAGCAAGGCGCUGUUUGAACACCACUUUCAGAAGUUAUCAUCAUUCAAAAAAAUAAACCAUUAGUAGCAGUCCACUAAGAAGCUGUUUGAAAUCCGCUAUGGGAACUAGCAUUCCAAGAAAAUGAACUAUAAAUUAUGUAGCAGGUCGUCCAAGGCUUUUUUUGAACACCACUUCAAAACAUUACAAGAAAAUGAACUGAACAUUAUGUACAAACGUUACAAUGGAAUUUUGUUGCUGUAUUUCUUAAUAAUUUGUAUCAUUCAUGUUGGCCCUCCUGUUCGUCGAAAGUGUUCCAGUUUCGGGCGUUGGUAGGUCCGAGCGAAUGGUGAUAACAAUCAAAGUGUUUUGUAAACCAUUUUAAGUGUGCUGUGAUUAACUCUCCACAAACAACGUGCUUAAGAGAACUACUUUCAUACGAUUGAAAUACAUAGAAGUAGCUGAUAGUUUGGCUUGCUUGCCAGUUUAAUGUUCUUGGAGAAUACUGCUUAUGCCUCUUCUUCCGUAUUUGUAAUUUCGUAUAUUACUUAUGUAAUACGUGUAAGUGCUAAACAAUCGGACUGGCUCGGCCAUUUUCCUUCGAAAUAACCACGGAUGUAUAUGGACGGUUUACAAUGUCAGAAUUCAUUACAUUUAUUUACGCUGUAAAAAGAGUGCGUAGUAAUUUCAAAUCAAAGCCAAGUUUUCAAUUACAGAAUACACAGGACUCUGUGCUGCUUUGUAAGUUUUCAGGUUUUGCGCCUAUCUGACACCAAACAUAACGUAAGGCAGACUCAAACUUUGUAGGCGUCGCCACCAUUUUAGCUUUACGAACUACUUUUUCUAAUGCACAUGCAUACAUCCGAGGCUCGUCGUAUGCAGGAGAUUGCCGAGGUGUUCCGAUUUAGUGCUAAAAUUAUCAAAUGUAGAUAUUUUAAGAUAUCUCGAUGACUGCUGUGUGAUCUUAGUACUAGGAUAUAUUCCAAUUCGCAAUAAUGACUUAGAAUAUUGUUUUGUGGUUUUCCUUUUAGCUAUGCCUGUAUCAGCUAUUUCAGUUUGGGCUAUUUCAUUUUGGUAGUAUACAGUUCCCAAUGUUAUUCAGAAUUUAAUUUAAUUAUGUGGCUUGUGCCAUACAUGUAUAUAAUAUCAAUCAUUUCACUUUGGUAUUCGCUAGAACUGAAAUACAUGUACGUAGAUUAUCGCCAUUUUCACAAUAGUUUAAGCAGCUGCGUGCACUGAGUAAAAUAUAAAACUAAGUCUAAUGCACUGGCACCGGAUUUUCAAACUCAAUCAUUUUUUUAAAAAAUCAAAAAAAAAUCUUAAAAUUAUAAUACCGAAAAUGUGAAAAAAUAUUGAAAAAUAUUAUU